GAACACUGCAUACAAGAAAAGCAGAGGCGAGGAGCCAACACGGCACGCCAAACCAAAACCACGCGCUCCAAAUUUCUUCUGCACAAGAGGAGUUUGUUCGUUCGUGUUCCAAGAUCCUCUCGCUCGCAUGCCCGUGAUUUGAUCCCCACCCACCCAAGUCCAUCUCCGCCCCCUCACUCCGGUGGUUCGUUGUUCCUCCGAUCCCAAAUCGUGAUCCACUCGAUGGCGGCCACCGCCGGCGGCAACAAGAUCCGCAACGCCAAGCUGGUUCUUCUCGGGGAUGUGGGCGCCGGCAAGUCUAGCCUGGUCCUCCGGUUUGUGAAAGGCCAGUUCGUCGAAUUCCAGGAAUCGACCAUUGGCGCGGCUUUCUUCUCGCAGACCUUGGCGGUCAACGACGAAACAGUGAAGUUUGAGAUAUGGGACACGGCAGGGCAGGAGAGGUACCACAGCUUGGCUCCCAUGUAUUACCGGGGCGCUGCUGCUGCUAUAGUUGUCUACGACAUCACCAAUGCGGCUUCUUUUACUCGUGCAAAGAAAUGGGUUCAAGAACUUCAAGCACAAGGAAACCCGAAUACAAUAAUGGCUCUUGCCGGGAACAAGGCUGAUUUGUUAGAUGAGAGGCAGGUGCCAGCAGAAGAAGCAAAGGCGUAUGCUCAGGAGAAUGGCCUCUUCUUCAUGGAAACGUCUGCAAAAACGGCAAUCAAUGUGAACGAUGUGUUUUACGAGAUUGCGAAGAAAUUGCUUCAAGGACAACAGGUUCAGAACCCACAGGGUGGAAUGGUCCUCAACCAGAGACCACCUGAGAGGACGGUGAGCUCUUCCUCGUGCUGCGCGUGAAGCACAAGGUAGAGUGUAGUUCCAAGGGGAGUACGUAUGCAACUACGGAGAAUGCCACCAAAUCUUGUGAAAUAGCUGUCGAUCCCAGCUGCUACAUUCCUGUGCCCUUUCUGCUUGUUCAUUGCCAUGUUCCCUGUAAAUGUGAAUACUAGAUUUUUACUGCAGAGAUUCACCUGUGUCUACAGCACAUGAUCAUGCUUGUGUAUUUCUGGGACUAGUGAAAAACAAGGUCUAGACAGAUUCGUUUGAUUCACUUAUUCUGGUUGCACAAUGUCAAAUUUACGUUUAUUUAUUAGCAAAUAUGUUGGUGCUUUACUACAGGUGAAGCCAGUAUUAA